AUGGACGGGGCAGGCAGCAGCGGCGGCGGCGGCGGCGGCGGGCCGGAAGCUGACUACGACGACGAGCCUGUCCUCAAGUAUCAGAGGAUGGGGGCGGACGUCGGAAAGCUUCUCGGUCCUGUAGAGGAGGAGGAGGCGGGGGAGAAGGAGACGGUCGUGAGGAUGGCUGUGCACGAUACCUGCUUGGUGUUUGGGAUGGCGUCGGGAAUGAUCUUGCUCACCGACUACCACGGCAACGAGGCCCGACGGCUGAGACCUCACACGAAGGCCGUGACGGACCUCAGCAUGGACAUCACCGGGGACUUCCUCGCUAGCUCCUCGGAGGACGGAACGGUGGUCGUUACCGGGCUGCAGCCGGGGGCGAACGGCGAGCACACCGCGCCGGAGGUGUACAGCUACGGCGCGAAGUGGCCCAUGCUGGCGGUGAAGCUGGACCCUCUCUACGCCAGAAGGAAGGACAAGACCUUCGUGGCGGGCGGCUCGGCGGGAAAGCUGCUGCUGAACAAGAAGGGUUGGCUGGGGCACGACGAGGUGGUUCUUCACAAGGGGGAGGGGCCGUUGUCCGCCAUCGCCUGGAGGGGACCACUAGUGGCCUGGGCAUCGGACGGCGGCCUCAAGAUCAUGGACGUCGACAAGGGGAAAGGAGGGGAGCGAAUCAGCUACGUCGACAAGCCGCGGUCUCUGGUGGACUUCAAGGAACACGAAUGCCGAUGCCACAUGCUGUGGGAAACCCCGACCCGCCUGCUCGUUGGCUGGGGAGACACGGUAAUGGUCCUGCAGAUCCUGGUCCGCGAGCCCAAGUACCAACGCGGCGGGAGCCUUUCGCCCAUGAAACAACCCCACCUUUCGCCCCAGGGCGGCAACGGCAGUGCCGGCGACAGCAACCGGCGGACGUCGGUACCGCUGACGAACCCGAUCGGCGGCGGCCUCCCCAUGGCGGUGAUCGGCGCGCCGACGGCCGCGGCGCCGGUGGCGCUUGAGGCCCCCGAGAGGUACACGCAGAUCGUGGCCGUGUGGCAGUCCGACUGCCUGAUAUGCGGGCUGUCGCCGUUCGACAGCGACACGGUCGUCUUGCUCGGCUUUCCAGUGGAAGAGGAGGAAGAGGAGGAGGAGGAGGAGGAGGAGGGGGAGGGGGUGGUGGCGAAGGGUGUGUUCCAGCCGGAGGUGCAGCUGGUGAAGCGGCAGAGCGGCGAGGUGAUUUCGGCGGACACGGUCCCUCUUCGAGGCUGGGAGCAUGCAGGCGCGGGGCAGCUUCUCCUGCGAUCCACGUGCUGGUCGAUUUCUUCCUACAAGCCGGACAGGGAGGGGGCCACCACCGUUUUUUACACACCCGCGGAGGCGGAGGCGACCGGUGUGAGGGGGUUGCCCCCGGCGACUUUCGUCAUGUCCCCCGAAGACCUGAUCGUCGCGAGGGUCAGAGACAUCGACGACAAGGUGUGCUCCCCCCCCCGCGACGCGCAAAAUAUGCACACGUUCUCCGCUUGUUUGCCUCGCGAAAGGUGGGGACACCCAAGAGGGAAGCACGGGGGCCAGCACGGGGGUCGGGCGACGGCUAGCCGGAUCGCCCCGGGGGAGAGGUCGGGGGGAGCGGGGGGUAUUGCCGCGGCGGGAAAAUCUGAAUCUCCGCCUGAGGUACAGCAGCAGGACUUGUACAGCCUUCCCGUGGUGAUGGCGCGCAUGGAGGCAUCGCUGGUGCAGAGGCCUGACCCGGUUGUCAUGGAGGCUCACGCCGAAGCUUACGUGAUGGACCGUCAGUUCGCGAGGGCCGUACGCGUCUACCUGUCCCUAGCGGAACACCAAGCGGCUUCGGAGAACGGUGCCCGGCUGCAGCAGCAGCAGCGGCAGCAGCAGCGAACGGGCGGGAUCGGACGAGCCCCCCAAGGGCCGGCGCGGGGCCGGCAGGGGUCGUCGGCGACACCAUCGAUCACGCAUGGCGUCGGAACCGGUGAUGGGGCCGGCAGCGAGGCGCAGUACGGCCACGUGUUUCGCAUGAUCGAGCAGCACUCGCUGUUUGACGCGGUGCAGGACCGAGUGUUGCAGCUGAUCAGACUCGACAGGGAGCUCACGGGAGAGCUUCUGCUUCGACACCCGGAAAAGUUCAGCGUUUCGUCGGUGGUGUCCCAGCUCAAGGGCAGGAGAGACUUGCAGCACUGGUACCUCGGACUUCUGUUUGACCGUUCUCCGGAGAUGUACGGGGCGCAGGAGUACGCGCCGUUUCACGCUCUACAGGUAUCACUAUUGGCCGAGUUUGCGCCGCCGUUCGAGCGAGGCCGGCCACCGGCCUACACGAGCGCGUUUUUGCGUUUCUUGAGACCGACGGGGUUUGCACCGCUGGAGGCCGCGUUGAGGGAGUGCGGGAAGCGGCGCCCCCCCCUGUACGACGAGAUGGCCUACAUCCUGGGGAGGAUGGGCGACACUCGGAGAGCGCUCACGAUCUUGCUUGAGGAGGUAGGCAGCGUGCCGCGCGCGAUCGAGUUCGUCGAAGCCCACGACAAAGACUUGUGGUACCGGCUGAUCGAGCACAGCCUCAAGAGCGAGACGUUCCUCUCGGGACUGUUGGACCACGCCGGGGUCUACGACGUAGAUUUGGCCCGUCUGGUGGCCGAGAUCCCCAAGGGGAUGCACAUCCCGGGGUUGCGGGACAAGGUGGUUAAGAUCAUAUCGGACUACCACUUUCAGGUGCGGAUCGUGUGGUGCUGCUGA